AAUUGUGGACAGAUUUAUAAAACCUAAUCCCAUUUGGACUGGGAAUCAGUGAAAUGUUGCUUCUCACGCUGAUAACAACACUCUCUGUGGCCAGUUCACAAAACACUCGCCUGCUGGACCAGCUGCCUCUGCUGGGUCUGAGCAAUCUCAUAGAGCAGACAGUGCGUCCAAGUGUGCCUCAGAAUUUGGCCAGCUAUGAUUUCAUUGUGGUCGGCGCUGGUGCCGCUGGCUGCACGCUGGCCGCUCGCCUCUCCGAGAAUCCUCAAUGGCGAGUGGCGCUCAUCGAAGCUGGCGGUGUGGAGGACAUCAUGCAUCUAAUGCCCCUGCUGGCGCCCUCAAUGCAGAUGACUGCCUCCAACUGGAACUAUCGCUCAGUGCCGCAGCGUUUCGCCUGCCGCGGCAUGCACAACCAGGAGUGCGCCCUGCCGCGUGGCAAAGUCCUGGGCGGCACUAGUUCCAUCAAUUUCAUGAUAUACAAUCGCGGCAAUCGUCGCGACUUUGAUGCCUGGGCGGAACGUGGCAAUCACGGCUGGAGCUACAACGAGGUCCUACCCUACUUCCUACGCAGCGAGUCCGCCCAGCUACAGGGAUUGGAACACUCACCGUAUCACAAUCACAGCGGUCCGCUCAGGGUCGAGAAUGUGCGUUUUCGCACCCAGUUGGCACAUGCCUUUGUCGCUGCCUCAGUGGAGGCUGGACAUCCGCACACCGACUACAACGGGGAGUCGCAGAUGGGCGUCUCCUAUGUGCAGGCCACCACAAUUAAUGGGCGCCGGCACAGCGCCUUCUCCGCUUACAUUCAACCCGUGCGCAAUCGUCGACCUAAUCUGCAUAUCUUUCCAUUUACGCGGGUGACCCGUGUACUUUUUGACGAGACCAGCAAAUCAGCUAAGGGCAUUGAACUGGUUUACAAGCGGACCAAAUACAGAUUUAUAGCCCACAAGGAGGUCAUCCUGUCGGCGGGCGCCUUCAACUCGCCGCAGUUGCUGAUACUGUCGGGCAUUGGACCGGAGGACAAUCUGAAGGCCAUCGGGUUGCCCGUGAUACAGGCGCUGCCGGUGGGUAAGCUCCUGUACGAUCACAUGUGCCACUUUGGACCCACUUUUGUCACGAAUACAACGGGCCAGUCCAUCUUUACGUCGCGUAUAACCCUACCAGAUAUACUCUCCUUCUAUUUGGCCGGCAAUGGAGCAACGCGUCUCAGCUCUAUUGGCGGCGUGGAGGCGUUAGCAUUCCUGAAGUCGCCACGAUCGACGCUGCCGAGAGAUUGGCCAGAUCUGGAGUUUAUUCUGGUAGCGGGCAGCUUGGCUAGCGAUGAUGGUACCGCUCUCAAGCUUGGCGCCAAUUUUAGGGAUGAGAUUUAUGACACUAUGUUCAGACCGCUGCAAAUGGCGCAGCAGGAUCAUUUCACGGUGCUUGUAAUGCAGUUCCAUCCCAAGUCCGUGGGUCGCCUCUGGCUGCACAAGCGCGAUCCUUUCACCUGGCCCAAAAUAGAUCCCAAGUACUUUCUCGACGAGGAGGAUGUGGAGUAUCUGCUUGAUGGCAUCAAGGAGACCCUACGGAUAGCCCAGAUGCCCGCCCUAAAAGCAAUUGGUACCACACUGCUCGAUCGCCCAGUGCCUGGCUGUGAGGAGUUCAGCUUUGGAUCGGAUGAUUACUGGCGCUGCUCGAUUCGCACCAUGUCGUACACACUGCACCACCAAGUGGCCACCUGUCGCAUGGGUCCAGCCACAGAUCCCAGUGCUGUGGUCAGUCCGCAGCUCAAGGUGCAUGGCGUGCGAAAGCUACGUGUGGUGGAUACCAGCAUCAUCCCAUUGCCACCCACAGCACACACAAAUGCAGCGGCCUUUAUGAUCGGCGAGAAGGCGGCUGACCUGAUAAGGGCCGAUUGGAGCUAAGUGGAAGGGUAACCAGAAGUGCGCGUGCAAGGAAAAAGUGCUCCAAGACGGUUAAUUGCUUCAGCAAGUUAAUUAAAUAA